AUGAAAAAAAGCAUUUUAUCAAAUUUUGAAACCUAUUCUAGCUUCAAAAGGAAAUAAUCUUAACCUUUAGCAACUGCAAGACAAAAUUAAUCGCAAACACAUUUAAUCUAGGCUGAUUGUAAAACCCCAGAAAAAACAAAUUUUUCUAGAUAAAAGACUCCAUCAACUAAAAGCAAAGUAAAAACUUAGAACAUUGAUAACAAAGAGAACGAAAACAGGACAAUCAAUAGGAAUAGUUCCUCAAAGAAAUCCUAUAGAUAGACCUAAGAAAAAUAAACAAGCAAUUUGAUGAAGUAGAUUAAUGAAAUGUUAAAUCAAAAAUCAGUCUCAGUUCCUGAGAUUAUAUAAGAGACAAAGGAUAACAAUGAAAUCAAUUAGUUUGGAUAAACAUAAGUCUAAAGAGCAUUUGCUUAGAAUAAAGUUAUUAAGAUAUAAGAUUUGUUUAGUUAAAAUUAAAUUACAAUAAAAGAAUUAGAAAAAAAUUGGUAAGCAUAAUUGAGUCAAGAGUCUGAACUAAUAAGAUCUUUACAACAUCAUGAAAGCAUUUAAUAGAUUAGAAGUGAUUCUAAAGAGAACCUAUUGAAUUCUUUGAUUCCCUUGGAAAAUUCAACAGUCCAUUAACCAUUAAUAUAUGUUAUUGAUUUAGCAUUAUUAUGA